UACGGGUACAUCGUUUCCUGCUGUCUAUCUAUAUUUUUUCUUCCCCUAGGUCGGAAGUUUAAGAAGUUUGGAAGCCUGAAGGUUGUUGGUGGAGUCCAGUCACUUCUUCUACACUCUCCACAGACAUUACCGAUUGAGAACCAGGCUCUGAUACCAGUGUCCUGUGUGCCUUCAGUGCAAGAGCUCCACUACACUACACAGAUACUCAGCAUUUUGGAGGCUAUUGAGCCUGAAGUGGUAUACGCAGGCUAUGACAGCUCACAACCAGAGGCCCCCAACGUCCUGCUGACCAGCUUGAACAACCUCUGUGAGAAACAGCUGCUAGCCAUCGUCAAGUGGUCCAAAUUACUCCCAGGAUUCCGCCUGUUACACAUCAGUGACCAGAUGACUCUGAUUCAGUACUCCUGGAUGAGCAUGAUGGUGUUUGCAAUGGGAUGGCGAUCAUACCAAAAUUUCACCAGCCAGAUACUAUACUUCGCACCAGAUCUUGUCUUUAACGAAGAGAGAAUGAAACAGUCUCCGAUCUAUGACUUGUGUUUGGCAAUGCAACACAUCCCACAAGGAUUUCAAAAUCUACAAGUGACAAGGGAGGAGUUUCUUUGCAUGAAAGCCUUACUACUCCUCAAUACAAUACCACUGGAGGGUCUGAAAAGUCAAGACCAGUUUGAUGAAAUGAGACAGCACUACAUCAGAGAGCUCACCAAAGCCAUACAGUUGAAGGAGAAGGGAAUUAUUGAGAGCUCACAACGCUUUUACCACCUGACCAAACUGAUGGACUCCAUGCACGAAAUUGUGAAGAAACUGCAUCUCUUCUGCCUCAAUACCUUUGUCCAGUCCCAGUCUCUCAGUGUGGGGUUUCCUGAGAUGAUGUCCGAAGUGAUUGCAGCUCAGCUCCCAAAGAUCCUGGCUGGGAUGGUGAAACAUUUACUCUUUCACAAAAAGUGAAAGAUCCUGGGUGACCAACCGCAGUUAGGAGGGUGUGUGUCGUUCAAGUAACGCUGUGACCUACCUGGCUAUUAUUUCUGAACACAUAUGCUUUUUCUUUUUGAGGUGCUACGAACACUGUGCAGUGAUUACCCAGGAUAUGUGGAUAAGUAUUUAACAGCUAGCCUGAUUUUGUAGAAAAAAGUCUGUUAUGUUAAUUUACUACACAGUUUUAUGUACCCUUGAUACAGCAUUCAGUACACAUUGCCCUUAAAAACACAAACCUGGUGCUUUGAGUAGAAUUUAACAACUAUUUAUGCAAAAGUGCAAUUUCCAAAGAUAAUUUCAGUUGUCAAAAGCUUGCCAAAGUUGCUUGAUACUAUUUUCCUUACCAAAACAAAUGGUACUAAAUUGGCAUAAAGACCUUUAUAAAUCACCUUAAUACAUGUUUUGUUUCCAAAUGAAAUCUAUGUUUUUGCCAAUACUUUGAUAUUUCUGGGGACCUGAAGUUUUCUUAGAAUUCUUAUUGUUGAAGUGAUUUAAAUCCGCUCACAACUUUGUUUUGAUUAUUCUCUUGAGGUUUGUUUAUUUUCAAAAGAUCAGAACUCAUAGAAAAUUGAUCCCCUUACAUCUUUGGACAAGGACAGCCUGUUCCAGAAAAAGAGGAACCCACCCUUCUUAUUUUCCCAUCUCUCACACCUGGAUUUCAGACUGUGCAUAUAAACAACAAGAAUGAACUCAGAGAGGCAAAGCCUGGAUUUAAUAAACAUUGUGGCUUUGCUUUAGCUGUACAACUUAGUCAUACACAUUUUUCAAAAGAAUAAAAAAUAUAGUUUAUCUAUCUGUCCUCAGUGCUACAUUUCCCUAACAUAAAUUCAACAUACAAAAUAAUUGUAGCAGUCUCCAGUUUUAUAUAAGAAACAUUUAAUAGAAAAUGCGAUACUCAGCUGUAUUGUUGAAAACAAACUGUUUAUAUGGUUUCAAGCACAUUUCCCUGACCUUGAAUACCAUUUUCAUUUGUGUUGUAUAUACAGUAAAGUGUUGAAUAUUCAACUAUUUUUGAGUACUUAAUUUAUUUAAAAUAUUAAAAUACAUACAUAUUGAAGAAAAAUAGGAAAUAACAACAACAAAAAAGUCUUAUGUGAAGUCUACUUUUCUUAAACAUUUUUGAUGGCUGUAAAUGUGAAGUACAGAUUCUAUUAGAUUUGAAGUUUUUUUUUCAUAAUUAAAGACAGCACUUUUUUACAGCUGGCCUGAUUCAAAACACAUGUGUUCAUGGCUUCCUGUACCUACUCAAUAUGGAGUAUUGGAUCAAGGUCAUUGCAUGCAUUCCGAGCUGUCGAUAUCAAUAUAAAAAGACAACAACCACAGACGUCAAAAGAGACGAGCCACACGGAGUACAUCGCUUACCAGAAAUAUCACCCAGCAGAAAUGCCUGGUUGUCUGACGUCGAGAUAAAGACGUUUCAUAUGAAACACCCCCUUCGUUUUAUGUACUAGCAAUGUUGACUAAGCCAUGAAGGUCUUACGCAUGCAGACUUUGAUAAUAUCCAAUUGUUUUUAUAUCUUUAAUACAGCAUUUCUCUGAUGUGACACACCCGACUGUGGUUAUAUUGCUUAUUAUUUUACACAUUUCCGAUCCUUGAACCAGUCUUUCAGUAGCCCCACUGGUAAUUGCCUCUUUUACUAUGACAUCAAUGCUGUGGCUGUUGACUCUUUAGUAAGAAAAUAAUACAAGAUUUGAAAAACAUCUGGAGUUCUGUGACAAUGUUAUGUAUUGUGUUGUGAUUUUAAUUAUUUUUAUUUUUUUAACUGGACAUUAUUUUAAAGACAUUGAAAAAGACUUAUAGUCGAAAUGUUUUUCAUUGAAUUUAUUAGGUUUCUUUUAGCAGUUCUAAAAGUAAAUAUAAAUAGUAAAUACUAAUAGCUGGUGUAACACAAUGCUCCUGUCAAUCUUGUUAUUUUUUUAUUUUGUUUUGCUGCAGAUGUUUUUUUUUUAAAUAAGUUGUGUUUGUGUUUAGCAGUUAGGUUUGAGAAAAUAAAGUGGAUCAUGUUUUUUUUAUUUUUAUUAUUGUUAUUUGUUAGAUUUGUUUUUAAUGUGGCCUUAAUUAGACUUACCUAAAUAUAUACACGGUGUGAUGUGUUUUUAUGAACAUUUAAGAAGAUUGUAUUCUUUUAAAGGGUAUAUAUUAACCUACACUCUAAAAACAAUCAUUCUUGUUUUUUUUCACCUACAAGUUGAUUUUCUUGUUUUCGAUGAUAUUUCAAAUAUGAGUGAACAGCUAUAAAUGAUCCAGUGCUCUGUUUCGGCAGCAAGAGUAAGGAGGGGCCCACUUUGUGAACAGAAUGUUGAGAAAAAACGGAAAUGCUUGUAAGAGACCUUGAAUAAGUGAUGUCUGUGUAAAUAUGACUGUAUGUACAUGUUAAUAAAGUCAUGCAGGUGUUUUGCUAUU